UUCUUCUUCUUCUUCUUCCUCUUCCUCCUCUUCCUCCUCUCAUCCUUCAUCGUUGUUCAAAUAUACUGAAUACAUUCUCCUGUUAUUUGCUCCAUCGUAUUUCCCCACUAUAACUAUAUCCCUCAACAGAUUCCCGAACCCCGCCAUAACCCUCGCGGAAAACAAACAACCACAACACACACAUAAAUCUAUAAUACACAGUCAUCAUGGGUGUACUAGACGUUCUCUCCCGCAAAUCCGGCGUCAUUGUCGGUGACGAUGUCCUUCGUCUCUUCCAGUAUGCCCAGGAGAAAGUCUUUGCUAUUCCUGCCAUUAAUGUAACCUCCUCUUCUACUGCCGUGGCCGCUCUCGAGGCUGCUCGUGACAAGAAAAGCCCCAUCAUCCUGCAGAUGUCCCAGGGUGGUGCUGCCUUCUUUGCCGGAAAGGGUAUUCCUAAUGGCAACCAAGAAGCUUCCAUUGCUGGUGCCAUCGCCGGGGCUCACUACAUCAGAAGCAUUGCUCCCUCCUACGGCAUUCCCGUCGUCCUUCACACCGAUCACUGCGCCAAGAAGCUGCUCCCUUGGUUGGACGGCAUGCUCGACGAGGAUGAACGUUACUUCAAGAUCCAUGGCGAGCCUCUCUUCUCCAGCCACAUGAUUGAUCUUUCCGAGGAGACCGUCGAGUGGAACAUUGAGACCACUGCCAAGUACCUCAAGCGCGCUACGCCCAUGAAGCAAUGGCUCGAGAUGGAAAUCGGCAUCACCGGCGGUGAAGAAGACGGCGUCAACAACGAAUCCGUCGACAACGCCUCCCUCUACACCCAGCCCGAGGACAUCUACGCCAUCUACAAGACCCUCUCAGCCAUCAGCCCCUACUUCUCCAUCGCCGCCGGCUUCGGCAACGUGCACGGCGUCUACAAGCCCGGCAACGUCCGCCUGCACCCAGAACUCCUCUCCAAGCACCAGGCCUACGUCAAGGAGAAGACCGGCUCCGACAAGGACAAGCUCGUCUUCCUCGUCUUCCACGGCGGCUCCGGCUCCUCCAAGGACGAGUUCAAGGAAGCCAUCAGCUACGGCGUUGUCAAGGUCAACCUCGACACGGACCUGCAGUUCGCGUACCUGAGCGGCGUGCGCGAUUUCGUCCUCGGCAAGAAGGAUUACCUGCUGACUGCGGUGGGUAACCCGGAUGGAGAUGAUAAGCCGAACAAGAAGUACUUUGACCCCCGUGUCUGGAUUCGGGAAGGCGAGAAGGCCAUGAGCGUCCGGGUACAGGAGGGGCUUGAUGAUUUUAAUACUUCGAACCAGCUGUAAAAGAAUUAUGAAAUGAGUGAAUGAAAAAGGAGGGAGGGGGGGGGGGAGGAAGAGAGUUUUUUUUCCCUUUUUUUUCCUUUUUCUUUUUUUCUUCUUUUUUUUGAAAACGAAAAAAAUAAUUAUAAGAAAAAAACCUUUUGUAUGAAGAAAAGAGGAUAAAUACAUAAAUAAUAUUGAUAUUCAGUUUUCUAUACGCGCGAUCGCCGUCCGGGGGGAUGAUAGUUGUGCGCCCUCCUCCUCUGACUCGACUUGUUUUGAACAGAAGGGCGGGAUUUGAGUCAAAGUGGUCAAUUGUUAUUUUUUAUUUAUUUUUUUUUACCUUUCUCAUUUUUCU